CUCCACCGUGUCAACACUAUCAGAAGCUAACAGCUAACACUGGAGCUAACAGCGAACUUUAGACUCCGAUGCUUUGCUCAGAGUAAUUUAUUUUAUUUCAGAGACUCGCGUCUGUGUGUCCGCCUGUAGAUCUGAUCUCCAGACCUGAAUGAGGUGCAGCCCGCCGCCGUUAUGGGCCAGCAGAUCUCAGGUCAGGCGGUGAUGACCCGUCUGCCUGAGAAGCUGGUCAAACACGCCAGCCUCGUACGGGAGAGCGGAUACCUGACCUACGAGGAGUUCCUCGCAAGAGUGGCUGAACUCAAUGAUGUAACUGCCAAACUGGCGGCAGGACAACAGAAACAUCUGCUGUUCGAGGUCCAACCUGGAUCUGAUGCCACAGCUCUGUGGAAGGUUGCAGUUCGGAUUGUCUGCACCAAGAUCAACAAGGAGAAUGGCGUGGUGGAGGCGUCUCGCAUCAUGAACCUGUACCAGUUCAUCCAACUCUACAAGGACAUCACCAGCCAGGCCGCAGAGGUUCUGUCAGCAGAGGGCGCCACCGAGGGGCCCUCGGCCCACAUGCCCCCCGCAGAGUCCUGCCAGGCCAGCAUGUGGAUGGGCAGGGUGAAGCAACUGACUGAUGAGGAGGAGUGUUGUAUCUGCAUGGAUGGGAAGGCCGACCUCAUCCUGCCCUGCGCUCACAGCUUCUGCCAAAAAUGCAUCGAUAAGUGGAACGGCCAGAGUCGAAACUGUCCCAUAUGUCGCCUGCAAGUGACGGCUGCCAAUGAAUCAUGGGUAAUGUCUGACUUCCCCACGGAGGACGACAUGGCGGGAUACAUCCUGAACCUGGCCGACGAGGCGGGGCACCCCCACAGGCCGUAACCUGGGACAGCACCCCCCCCCCCCCCCCCCUUAGACCAAUAACCUGGGACAGGACACCCCACCCCCCCAGAGCAGUAACCCGGGACAGCAACCCCCCAGAGCAGUAGAAGUAACCCUGGGCAGGAACCCCCACAGGCCAUAACCCAGGACAACAACCCCCCCAGAUCAGUAAUCCAGGACAGGAACUGCCCCCCCCCAGAUGAAUAGACUACAUGCUGACGUCACCGCAGACAUGGCAAAGGUGGAGGAACACCAUCUCUUUAAAACUCCCACAAUGCACUGUGCCUGGCAUCUCUCCCACCCCCUUUGUUCUACCUGUGGUGCAUUAUGGGAACUGUAGUCCAGUAUUUGUAGUGGCUGUCCUUAGAUGUUGAACAGUAACAGGCCUUCAUGGUGGAGGUGGAUCCACCAGGUCUGAACCAGAACAUGAAGCACUUUAUGACAGAACCUGGACCAUUUCUGUCCAGGUUCUGGACAGGUUGAGAACCAUCCCACAGUCUGGACCUCAGGUACCGUCGUCAAAUCCAGUAGAGAGCGACCUGAAAACAACUAUGACCUACAGGUUCUACAAACCUCUGAUAAAGUCAAAACAUCAAACCUGUGGAUAUAGAAAAACUGGUCAGACAUGAGUUACAACUACUCAGUUUAAGGAAAAACCUUAAAUAUAGAAAUAUAGAAAUCAGAAACAUUCCUGCCCUUGUCAUCUGUACAUUUACCCAUGAUUAAAAACAUCUGCCAGGUAGAGUUUAUCAUUACAUAUAUAUAUUUAAAGAAUUAAUAUUCCAUGGUAGUUGUAAGAUGUCUAUUUCUAUUUCAGAAAAACUACCAAAUUUUUUGAAGAAAUUCAUGAAUUGGCUUUUAUGAAGAAACUACUGAGUUUUAAGUGUAAAUUUCCAUGAAAAACCACAGACAUUCAUGAGAAAAAUGGUACAAACUGACAUCAGACGGUAAAGCUGGUAAACUGUCUGUUAUAGACUCAGAUGUUAGCAUCUGUUCAGACGAUUUAACGACAGUAUCUGAAGUUCAGAAAACGAGCGAACUGAUCCCUUAACACGUUCACAUUAACUCGACUGGAUCCGAUUGGACGAACUCAUCAAACACUCUUUCAGAUUCACUGUCAAACCAAAUGGUUCUUCACAGUAACGUGUGGUGUCGUCCUGUAACGUGACCUUUAACCCCUUAAAUCCCACAUGACGCUGACGUAGACACUGAUUUCACUUCAGUUUGACACUUUUUGCUGUGAUUCUUCAUCUUUUUUAUUCACAUUAUUUCAGUCUGAUUGCUGUAGUUUUUGCUUCUUAUUGGCAGCUUUUUCUUGAGUUCAGUAGAAUCUAAAACACAAUAAAUAUAUUUUAUUUAAGGAUUUGUGGUCUGGUUUUCAUAUGAAUGAUGCCAUGUCUGGGAUUAAUUCACAUCAACACUGACGAUGUGUCUGGAAUUCAUGACUGAUGAUAUGUCUGGGAUUAAUUCACGACUGACAAUGUGUCUGGGAUUAAUUCCUGAAAUGUGAAGAUGUUUAUUAACCAACAGUUUAUUAGAGCUGUAAAUGUAUAUUUUACUAAAAUCUGACACUGAUACAAAGCUCAAGCUUUUUGUUGCAUAUAAAUCUAUAAUAUUUCAAUCUUUUUUGGGGGGGCUCAACACAUUUACUGUAAACUGAACAGAUUUAUGAGGUGACUUUGGUGUCUUUUUUUUUUUUGUUCAUUUCUGCUGAUAAAUUGCACUUUAGAACCUGUUCACUGGUGAUUCAUGGUGUGAUGUAAAUGUCAUAAUAUCUGUAAAAUAAGGCCGGGCGAUAAAGAUAUUCAAUAUUAACUAAUGUCUCAUCAUAUCUUCUUUAAACUCAUUGUCAUUUAUGGUUGAAUAAUUCAUUAAAGAUGCUACAAGAUAAAAAAGACA